UCUCUGUGGCCAAUGAGCUGGGCUGACAGCAUAUUACAGAAGAGUAUAAAAGGGAGAAUCAUAGCUGGAAAUGCUUUGAUAUUUCAACUAUUCACAAAUCCCAUGGUAGCAUCCUCUGGUAACAGCAAAGGUCAUACUUGGAGGUUUCCUGUCUGUCAGCAAGAAUUCCAUCAGUAGCAACGUGUGAACGCCGUCACCCUUCCUUCCACAACUAACCUGAGACUGGCUGCGCGAUGGCGGCUUCAGAGAAUGGGGGUGGGACUCAACAAUUACGUUUUGCCAACUGGCUGAUCAGUCAGAUCAAGAGUAGAAACUACGAAGGGCUCUGCUGGGUAAAUGAGGCCCAAAUGAAGUUUCGCAUCCCCUGGAAACACACUUCUAGGAGAGACAUCACCACUAAUGACUACAAAAUUUUCAAGGCCUGGGCCAUCGCCAGCGGAAAGUACAACGAAAAGGUGAAAGAUCUCGCCAAGUGGAAAACCAACUUCCGUUGCGCUCUGAGAAGCACAAACAAAUUUCAGCUGGUGCAGGAUAACUCAAAGGUCUCCGAGGACCCCCACAAAGUAUAUCAAAUCAUCAGCCCAAACUCCCAUGCUGGGGCAGCAGCUAAUGCCCCAACAGCAAAAAGUAACUAUGCUGGAGACAAUCUGCCUGACAGCGAGGAAAACAACAGCCCCCUUUCUAAAGAAGCCCUUCCUCUGCACUGCCUUACUCCACAGCUGCUGCAGCAGAAGAUAGAAUUAGACAUGGAGAUUUUGUCCCUGGAAAACCCUCUCAAAGCAGAGGAAGCUCCGUAUGAAGACAGCCAUGGCUAUCCAAACCAUCACCUUGGCCAAGACGGCUACCACCAGCCCGGGAGCAGAGCAGCAAAUGGACCAGUGGAGAACUAUCACCAAUCAGUUGGCCAGUGGCAGCCAGCGAGUCAGUGGGCAGCCCCAACAGUGAUGGAACAGAACAGGUUCACCCAUCCCGCUGCUCCUCUCCCAGAACAGCCGAUUCCUUCGCCCAGCCCAGCCCCGCUGCAGAACAAUACAGACCCCUUUUUUCCCCACAUGGACGUCACCGUCUAUUACCGAGGGAAGUCGCUUCACCAGGUGCAGGUGGCCACACGCAGCUGCCUGUUCACGUACAACAAUGAAGACCCUACCGUAGUCCCGGGCUGUGCGCAAGUGGUCCACUUCCCAAGCCCCGAUGAGUUGCCCGACCAGAAGCAGGUCCGGUUCACCAGGCAGCUGCUUCAGAACAUAGGGCUGCUGCUGGAGCAGAAGCAUAAGAAGAUCUAUGCCAAGCGCCUGAAUAAAUGCAAGGUCUUCUGGGCCCUCUCCAGGCAGCUAGCCAUCCUGGCUCAGAACCCCGAAUUCAAGCCGCUGCCCCGUGACAUGGAGACUGAGAUAUUCGACUAUGACGUGUUCUUACAAGAGCUGUUGGAUUUUAAGAAGCAACAAAGGGCUGCAUCUCCCGACUUCACCAUCUACCUUUGCUUUGGGCAGUGCUUCUCCAAAUCCAAGCCCAAGGAGACCCUGUUAAUCCUCGUAAAGCUGGUGCCCAAGUUCUGUGAAUAUUUCUAUGAAGCGGUGCUGAAGGAGGGUGCCUCGUCCCUCAACAGUGGGAACCUGAGCCUCCAGAUGUCCAGCUCCUUCAACAGCUUGUAUGACCUCCUUGAGCAAUACGCCAUGGGAUAUAUGUUCCUCCUGCAGCUGGUGCCCAAGUUCUGUGAAUAUUUCUAUGAAGCGGUGCUGAAGGAGGGUGCCUCGUCCCUCAACAGUGGGAACCUGAGCCUCCAGAUGUCCAGCUCCUUCAACAGCUUGUAUGACCUCCUUGAGCAAUACGCCAUGCAGAUUGACUGAACCACCUCCCCUCCCAGCCAGACUCCUCGGAUACGAUCUGCCUGUGGGAGCGGCGCAUUGGCCAGUCUUUGCCGAGGUCACUGCCUGACUGGCCUAUAUCGGAAAACAUUUCCGCCUUCCCCCGCCCACUCGCAUCCACUUGCUUCUAUCCAGAAACACGUGGGUGAGAUGAGAAGUGGCCUUGUGGCUUAGCCACUGCACUAGGACUCAGCAAGACUGAGUUCAAUCCCUGCUAUGCCACCGGCCUCCUUCGUAACCUUGGGCAAGUCACUGCCUCUGGGCCUUGCUGUUCCCAUCUGAACAAUGGGGACAAUUCCUUUACCUUCCAGGAGGGGCGCAAGGCUAAAUGCCUGAGAGGCACUCAGAUGUUAUGGUGAUAGAGCAGCCUUCUCCACUCUUGGCAACCAAUUGAACAUAA